UGAGUCGGAGGGUGUGGGUUUCAAAGUCUCAAACACUGCAAUUCAUUCCCUUUCCCCGUUUGAUUCGCUGAUCUGAAUUUAAGUUGUUGUGAGAUGGCGUCGAGUGUUUUGAGGAGUCUCAUCAGAUUUUCAUCAUCGAAGACCACACGAAGUUUCAGCCUCGUAAGCACUCAAAUCGGCGAGCACACCGCCAAGUGGAUGCAGGAUACAAGCAAGAAAUCUCCAAUGGAGCUGAUUAAUGAAGUUCCACCUAUCAAGGUUGAAGGCAGGAUAGUUGCUUGUGAAGGAGAUAACGAUCCCGCCCUUGGACAUCCAAUUGAAUAUAUAUGCCUUGACUUGUCCGAGCCAGCUAUUUGCAAAUAUUGUGGCUUGCGUUAUGUUCAGGAUCAUCACCAUUAGGACAUGCUAUCUACAAGUGUUCUGGUGUGCAUUCAGGGAAUUACUGUUGAGCGUCAUUGCUGUGUUUUUGGAUACAUUAUUUUCUGACUAAAUCAUGAUGUGACAAAUAUACUUUGUUACAAUUUGCUAAAUAAGAAUAUGACAAGAUUGUUCAUGUUACCAUCUGCUAGUGAUGGGGUGUUAUAUUGUUAUGUGCAGAGCUAGUAAUUUGUACGUA